GACGGCGUGGGACGUGCUCGUAGUGUUCCGAAAACGACGACCGACCGACCAUUGGGCUUUUCUUGCCAGGAAGCUGCCUUCAUGAACACGGUCCUGCGCGACCACACGCUCUUCUGCGAGAUCACGGGAUACCAGCGCGGACUCUUGGACGACCUACGCCCGCUCUACCGCGAGUGGACGACGAUGGUCGAUGGCUUUGGCAACAUCGUGCAUCUUGCGCCGCGCUACAAGCCGUACGCCCUCGCCAGCGAAGUCGCGGCGCGACCGCCCAUCUACACAAGCUUCUACUACCUCGGCUUGGACACGCGACGGCCCGACCCGCGCUUCCUCGUCUAUAUGGCCGUCGUCAUGGGUGACCUCGACCGCCUCGUGCGAUGGCGGCGCUGCAUGGACGCACCGCCACCCCGGCUUUUUGCGCUCGCCGUGCGCCAUGGCCACCUUCACAUACUGACGCAUCUGCAUGGUCGUCACCUCAUUGAUGCAUCGUCUGUGGCGCACAUGGCGUUGAUGGACGUAGCGGCUGCGCAUGGCCAUGUGGCGAUCGUCGACUACCUGCACCGCCAUGCGCUGGGCACAUGCAGCGUCGAGGCCAUGGACGCUGCGGCGACCAACGGCCAUCUCGAGGUGGUGCGCUACCUGAGCACGCACCGGGACGAAGGGUGCACGGUGGCGGCGCUCGAAGGCGCGGCGUGCAAAGGCCACGUCCGGAUCGUGCAGUUUCUCUUGCUCGGUUAUCGCAAUCAAGUGCCGGCGUUGCGGUUUGCCUAUGACGUGGCAUGGGCCAACGGCCAUGGCGACGUGGCCGACGUGCUGCGCCCAUACAUUUUGACGGCGUAGCCACUUGCGAUACACCAACAAGACGAACUAGACUAGAGUCGUAUUAAUCGUACGCAUCGGAACGAGUUGGGAUGGUGGGAUGGAGCCCAUGGGCG